CGCCAUCUUUGCGUUGACAUUACAUCGAGUAGACUUCGACUGUCAUUCUUGUCUUUUUUCACACUCUUGUGAUUUUCGGAACCAGAAUUCGGUGCUGUGAAAAAACAGAACACACGAGCCAAGAUGUCUGAAGUCGCUACCAGAAUCCCGAAGCCCGUGCUGCGCGGCCUGCACAAUGCCACCAUCAAGCGCAACCUGAUCGUGUCGGGCGUCCUCUGCACCAUUGCCGUCGUUGCGAUGAAGGUGAUGCACAACGACCCCAAGGUGCGGGACUACGCCGAGUUCUACAAGACCUAUGAUGCAAACAAGGCGUUCCAGCGCAUGAAGGAUGCUGGUCUGCUGCAAUCGGUCAAGGAUUAGAUACGGCUGCCGCAGCAUACUUUAUUUAGUAACAGAGAGAGAGAGAGAGAGAAACAAAGAGAGAGAUAUGUAUGAUUCCUUGGAGACAGUUUGCAGUUGAUUGCAAUCCAGUAUCUGAUGGUAAUCGUGCGAUAAAAAUAAAUUCCGGUUAAACCAAACGAAUGAGUAAGGGUUUCCGCUCUCGUGUAAGUGUAACCGGGAUAAUGCUA